AUGUCUGUUCUCCUUGGUCCCAGCACUUCUGGCGUCUUUGUCUCAAUCGUAUAUCUCGUUGGCACUGUACAAUCCCUACACAUACACCGUCCUCAUAAACAUGAAACCAAUCGGCGUGAUGCUACACCCAUAUCGUUGCAGAGCGAACCCAGCUCAGCACCAGCGACGCAAGCUGCUGAGCUGAUGGAAACCGUCACGUCUAUUCAGGAAGGCUUGUCUGACCUACCGCAAGAUGUACUCGAGUUUCUCAAGGCAAUUGAUGAUCGCCUGCACGAACAAGAGGCUCUACUAGCAAGUCUGCUAGCUGUCUUUGCAACUGCGUCAGAGGCAGCACCGCCAUCGACAACGUUGGCCAUCGCCAAUGCAACAUCGACCGACAUGCUUGUGCUUUCUAGUACAAACUUCGAGAUCUCAAGUUCUCCGACCGUCGAGACCUCUUCUCUGACCACAGCGACUGCGUGCCGUCGUGGUGGAGCAGGCCCACUCGUUGCCUGCUCUUCCUCGUCCGACCGGAUUUCUCCAUCAAUCUUGACCGCCACCUCAUCAACACCAAGAUCUCGCGUCACUCGAACUUUGACCAGAACAACGCACAUACCAGUGUCGGUCACCACCUUUGUUCAACCUAUACCGUUCUCAAACACCACGAAAUCUGGUUCGACAAUUCAGGAGACAUCAUCCGCAUCUUCAAUACCUGUGCUGCCUAUACCAUCGGUCUACAGUCCUCCAGAUACUGACGGCCCGAGCAUCAAUGCGACUGCAACUUCUGCAGACUCACAAGCCAUAGCACCCUACAACUCUGUCACAUCCCCCACAAGCAUCAACUACGUCUUUAAGAUCGGCCGACAGAACAACGUCGCUGUCUACUAUGGCCAAACAUCCGAAACCGAAACCGGUGACCUAUUGCAACUCUGCCAAAACACCAAUGUCGACAUCGUAGUCCUAGCCUUUGUCACAUCCUUCUUCACAAACGGCGGCUUCCCUUCGGCCAGCUUCGGCCCUAGCUGCAAAGGCAGCACAACAGCCCAACAACUUCACGCCCCCGGAUUGCAAGACUGCGCCGACCUCGCCUUCGAAAUUGUAAGCUGCCAACAACUAGGCAAACCCGUACUCGUCUCUCUAGGCGGCUACUACUCUAACGUGACCUUUGCCUCUGAUAGCGAAGCCAUCCAACUGGCCAAGAACCUGUGGGAUCUGUUUGGCGCAGGUAAUGGCUUGGAUGCCUCGCUACGUCCAUUUGGGUCCAUUGUCAUCGAUGGCUUUGACCUCGACAACGAGUCCAAAGACCCUACCUCGUACACCACUUUUGCGCAAGCCCUGCGCACACUGUUUGCUUCCGACACGAGCAAGAAGUACUAUCUCUCUGCUGCACCUCAAUGUUCGCGCCCCGACGCCAGUAUCCCCGUCUCUGCCUUGGCGCUCUGCGACUUUGUCUUUGUGCAGUUUUACAACAAUCCUUCUUGCGAUUUAUCCUCUGACGGCUUUGCUGCCUCGUUUGGUGGUUGGAGUGAUGCGCUUUACGCUGCUAACAAUGAGACCAAGCACUUUAUCGGCGCUGGUGCUUACGAGGGUGCGGGAAGUGGGUAUGUUGAGGGUGCUGCGUUGGGACAUCAGGUCAGUCUUGCGAGACAGCUGUAUACGAGCAAUCUUGGUGGUGUUAUGCUUUGGGAUGGCGUCGAGGGAUUGGCGAAUGUGGAUGAGUAUGGGAACGAUUAUCUGGUCUAUGCCAAAGGGGGUUUGCAGUAG